AGUCCGUUCUGGUUGGCGGUCUAUUUAGGCAGUUCUCACUUUCUCCUAUAUGAUGUUCGUGUUGAAUAAUGGGAGUUCACUUCCCCCACUGAAUCUUAUAACCAUGGCUACUGUAAUCGAAGCAAAUGGGCCAGUUUACAAUGGACCUGGAGCCAGCAAACCUAGCUCCCCAUUUGUGCUCUGUAAUCUUGAGUUAUCUCAGCGUGCUGCUGUAGAAAAGGCCAAAAAGUAUGCAAUGGAACAAAGUAUACGUUCGGUGCUUUUGCGUCAAACUCAGUCACAGCAGUCUCUUCAACUAAAUAAUAUAAAAAAGAAUCAAACUGUUGCACUUCUGAAUCGGGUUUACGUUGGUUCAAUAGCAUAUGAUGUAAAGGAAGACAGUCUAAAACAAGUGUUUUCACCGUUUGGUCCUAUUAAGUCUGUGAAUUUAAGUUGGGAUCCUUCUACACAAAAGCAUAAAGGGUUCGCAUUUCUUGAGUUUGAAUACCCCGAAGCUGCACAAUUAGCUAUUGACCAAAUGAACGGUACUAGCUUUGGUGGGAGGCAGUUAAAAGUUGGUAGACCAAGUAACCUAACAAACGCCGAACCUGUCAUAAAUGAGCUAGUUAAUGAGCACAAUCUUCAUAACCGCAUUUACGUUGCUGGCAUACACUUAGAUCUCACUGAAGAUGAUGUUUCUUUAGUAUUUGAAGCUUUUGGGAAAAUAGUGUUUUGCAAGCUUCAACCUGAUCCAACUAGACCGAUGCGCCAUAGAGGUUUUGGUUACAUAGAAUAUGAAUCCACUCAGAGUGCAGCUGAUGCUGUUGGUAGCAUGAAUCAGUUCAAUCUUGGUGGACAGCUUUUGAGAGUAUGCAAAGCUAUCUCACCCCCCGAUGGUAUUUCAAGUGCCAGUUCUUCUAAUCUCCCACCAGCGGCAGCAGUGGCUGCGGCUUCGGCCACUGCUAAAGUUCUAUCAAUGGAAACAGAGCAGCUCCCUGUGAAUUCUUAUUCAAAGCAACCCGAAGUGGCUCAUCCUGUAGUACUGAAUACUCUGUCCUCCACAACAACACAGUCUACCAAUCUUACCAACAGCUCUUUACCUACAUGUUCUCCCACAACAGUCCCAACUACUGGUCAACCAACACUUGAUCAGCCCUCAUUAAGUGCUGACUUUAAUGCAACAUUCACACAUGUGAAUAAUUACAAUGAGAAUUCUAAUGCUGUUGCUGUAGGGACUUGGCAACCUGAGGUGCCUGGGCAAUAUUCACAUGCCCAACCCUCCUCUGCGUCUCCAAGUAGCUUCACAUCUCAUUCUGCUUCCUCCGGAAAUCCAAACUUUUUCUCAGGCGGUUUUCUCAUAUACCAUCCGUUAUGAUGAAUGGAUCUGCAAUAUAUUUCUUAUCAAAAGCUAAGCAUCUAGGUACUGCUGAUUGUUCUGGUCGUCCUAACCGGUCAUUAAAUCUACUGGCAUUGGUCCUUUCCUACUUCAAUAAAGUGAUUCAGUCAAGCAAUGUACAUCCCAUUAUCAGUUGGGAUUUAAUUGUUUUGAUUUUACGUAAUAUGGUCGGUCCAGAAGAUUGUGAUGACGAACUGGAAGGAGAAGUGGCCGGAGAGUGUUCUAAAUAUGGAUCGGUUGAAAAAGUGUUAAUUCACCAAGACAGUGCUCAUGAGACAAAUGAAGAAUUCGUCAAUAUUUUUGUUGUAUUUUCUGACCCAUGUUCAGUACACAAUGCUGCAAAUGCAUUAAAUAAGCGCUACUUCGCUGGAAGACAAAUAACUGCCGAGCCAUAUGAUGUGGAAGCUUUUAUGAUGAAUGACUUAUCUCGUUAACUUUUUAGGUGUACCGUUUCUUCUAACAGCCUUGUUUCUUGUAAAUACUAAAUAUAGACAAUGAUUUUGAUGUU